AUGCCGGCUAGAAAUCGUGGGGGUCGACCGACGCUCAGCCAGGGCCUGGACCGCGAGGUCUACCAGGUAGUGCGCAAAAUUAUUGACGACCAACCAGAGGGUGUGGACCGACUCCGACUGACCACCCCAACGAUCUAUGAGAAGAUCAAGAAAUCCAACUCCUCCCUAAACCGAAAACCGAAGAAGCUUUUGGAGGAUAGCUUGGAGCGGGUUCUGGAGGUCGUCAGGAACGAUCUAUUUGGUGAUGAGGAAGAUUCAGUAGAGGGAGACUUCGAAGGCUUAGAAGAGCCCCCAGCAACGGAACCCAAUGGCGUGAAUCAGAGCAUUGUUGGCAUGUGGGCGACAACCAAAGCGACUCCUUCCAAAAAGACCGGCGAGUCGACCACCUCCGGCACCUCUUCUAAGAGAAGACAGCAUGGUGGUGAAUCCGCGUCCAAACGUCGAAAGGGCGAAGCAAUUGACCGAUCUCCGCCUACACAUGUCAGUCUGGCCGAUUUGGGCGGUCUGGACGAAGUUGUUCAAGAAUUGGGCGACAUGGUCAUCCUUCCCAUGACUCGGCCACAGGUCUACCUGUCGUCGAAUGUACAACCCCCGCGAGGUGUUUUGCUGCACGGUCCCCCGGGUUGUGGUAAGACCAUGAUCGCCAACGCUUUUGCAGCGGAGCUUGGUGUGCCUUUCAUCUCGAUCUCCGCGCCUUCCAUCGUCUCCGGCAUGUCUGGCGAAUCAGAGAAGGCUCUCCGCGAACACUUUGAGGAGGCCAAGCGGAUUGCUCCCUGCUUGAUCUUUAUUGACGAGAUUGAUGCGAUCACCCCGAAGCGAGAAAGUGCGCAAAGGGAAAUGGAGAAGCGAAUUGUCGCCCAGCUGCUCACAUGUAUGGAUGAGAUUGCGCUGGAUAAGACAGAUGGAAAGCCUGUCAUUGUCCUCGCUGCUACCAACCGUCCGGACAGUCUGGAUGCAGCAUUGCGUCGCGGCGGGCGCUUCGACAAAGAGAUCAAUAUGACUGUACCUUCGGAGCCUGUCAGAGAACAGAUUCUGCGCGCUCUCACACGCAAGCUGCGCCUGGCAGACGACCUCGAUUUCAAAACACUGGCUAAGAGGACCCCUGGUUUCGUUGGAGCUGAUCUUAAUGAUCUUGUUUCAACUGCUGGCUCGGCCGCUAUCAAGCGCUAUCUCGACAUUCUGAAGUCCAAUAGCGGCGAGGAGAUGGAAAUUGAAGAAGUGGACGAGCUCAGCCCCAAGGUCCGUGAACUACGCCGUCUUAUUUCUCACGCCAAAGAGACUCCCAUUGGACAAGAGACGGAGACAGUCCUUGUAUCGAACGCGGACUUCUUUACCGCUCUCCCCAAGAUCCAGCCGUCUUCCAAGCGUGAAGGCUUCGCAACCAUUCCCGAUACCACCUGGUCUGACAUCGGCGCCCUUGGUGGUAUCCGCGAUGAGCUUUCCACGGCCAUUGUGGAACCGAUCAAGAACCCUGACAUCUAUGCGCAGGUCGGUAUCACCGCGCCAACGGGUGUUCUUCUUUGGGGACCGCCGGGUUGCGGUAAGACACUGUUGGCCAAGGCCGUGGCCAACGAGUCGCGCGCCAACUUCAUCAGUGUCAAGGGCCCGGAACUGCUCAACAAAUUUGUCGGUGAAUCUGAGCGUGCAGUCCGCCAGGUCUUCGUGCGCGCUCGCUCAUCCAUUCCCUGUGUCAUCUUUUUCGACGAACUGGACGCCCUCGUGCCCCGCCGUGACGACACCCUCUCGGAGGCGUCUGCACGAGUAGUCAACACGCUUCUGACCGAACUGGACGGAUUAGGAAGCAGCCGACAAGGUAUCUAUGUGAUCGCUGCGACCAAUAGACCCGACAUCAUCGACCCGGCCAUGCUGCGCCCCGGCCGUCUCGAGACCCUCCUUUUCGUCAACCUGCCCUCCCCACUCGAGCGCGUGGAGAUCCUCCAGACUCUGGUGCGCAAGCUGCCCAUCGAGUUCAACGAGGACAUGCGCAGGCUCGCCGAGGAGUGUGAAGGCUACAGUGGUGCCGAUCUGGGCAGCCUGCUCCGCCGUGCGGGUUACUCGGCCAUCAAGCGACGCGACGCGAUCAAACUAGAGGACUUUGUUGCGGCCAAGGCGUUCGUUCGGCCCAGUGUCACUGACAUGAAGAAGUAUGAGAAGCUCCGGCGAGACUGGAGUGGUGGUGUGAUCUGA